ACCUCUCCGCUGGCUUACCUAGACCUGCCUGGAAACUUCUUGCUUCACUUGUACAUUACAGCAGCUGUGUUUAUUUUUUAAUAAAUUAGUUGAAUUUUACUGGAGUAAUGGGUGACCAAGGACUGACCGACGAAGCUGUUGCGGCCGCUUGCAAAGAUGGAAAUCCAAUAACUAAAGAUUUCAUGAUGCAGCAGACAAUGCUGAGAGUAAAAGACCCAGUCAAGUCACUAGACUUCUACACACGGAUCCUUGGAAUGACCUUACUUCAGAAAUUCGACUUUCCUUCCAUGCGCUUCACUCUGUAUUUUCUGGGUUAUGAAGAAAAGAAGGAAAUUCCGGCUGAUGUCAAGGAAAGGACAGCGUGGACUUUCUCUCGCCGAGCCACCAUCGAGCUCACACAUAACUGGGGUUCAGAAUCGGACGACAACCAGUUUUACCACAACGGAAACUCGGACCCUCGGGGGUUUGGACACUUAGGAAUCGCUGUACCAGAUGUUCAUGCAGCAUGCAAGCUGUUUGAAGAGCAAGGAGUGACCUUCGUGAAAAAGCCAGAUGAUGGUAAAAUGAAGGGCCUGGCUUUUAUUCAGGACCCUGACGGCUACUGGAUAGAGAUUCUCAGCCCCAACAACAUGGUAUCCAUCACCUCCUAAAGAUGCUUCUAAGGUGGCCUGAUCGGAUAAUAAAUAAUUUAGUGAAUUGAUUGAGUGAAUAAAAAUGAGCCAUAGCUUAAUGUCACAGACUGCUCUUUUGUGAAGGGAGCAAACAGAUGGUGCAGAUUUGCUCAUACAGCAACGACGAGCUGAUGAACAUCUAGCAAACCAUGUCAGUGAAUUUGACAACUUUAGGACCUGUGAUUGCAAUCAGCAAUACAAAUCUUGCCUAUGUUAACACUAAAGUCAUUUAUGUCAUCUGUUUACAUAAUGUGCCACUUAUUUUUCCAGAGAUUAUAUUUUAUUCCAAUGUUUAGUAUUUUAAAUACUAAAUUAAGCUAUGACCAAUAAAACAAUGGUAUUGCUUGUAAAAGUAAUGUUUAUUCUGUGUUUUUUAUUUUAUUUUGCCAAUCUAACAUUCAAUAGCAAAAUACUGAAAGCAAAUUCAUUAAAACUAUUGGUGUAUGUUUUUUAGUUUACAGUAAUACAACAAUAAAAAAGUUAUUUACUAUACAGUACCAAAAAGUACAGUAAAACAAACUCACUCACUCUCUUAACUGCUUAUCCAAUUAUGGUGGGGUGGUGGGCUUUAUUGGGUGCUGGAGCCUAUCCCAGCUUUUCAGUGGGUGCAAGGCACACAGUAACACCCUGGACAGGGUGCCAGUCCAUCGCAGGGCAGACACACACACACACCCAUUCACCUAUAGGGCAAUUCAGUGUCUCCAAUUAACCUGACUGCAUGUUUUUGGACUGUGGGAGGAAACCAGAGCACCCGGAGGAAAUCCACACAGACACGGGGAGAACAUGCAAACUCCACACAGAAAGGACCCGGAUCGUCCCGUCUGGGGAUCGAACCCAGGACCUUCUUGCUGUGAGGCGACAGUGCUACCCACCGUGCCACUCAGUAAAAUAAGCUGUAAUGCAAUAAUAAUUCUUCUAAAAUGGUUUCUGGUGACCAUGACCUGUUUAAAAAGAUUAAAAAUGGUUAUUAAGAAAA